AUUUUGUAGGUUAGGAAUCGUUUGGUUUCUUCUCAACUUCACGUCUUUGCCAAUCAUCAGAUUCAGAGUUUAAUGUUCAGUUGUGUUACCAUAUAAUGUCAGCAUUCGAACGAAGAUUCUGUUCAUCGUCUUGACAUUUCUUGACUCGAGUCCUCAAGUAUCAGCUUUACGACAGAUAAUUUAUCCCUGUUUAAGAUCAUCAGUAGUGUUUUGAUAAAGUCAUAAUCACAUUUGUCGGUCAGAGUGAUCAUUUUUAUCCUUUGAUAUAAAAUGGGCACUCUUAGAUAUUGUUUCAAUGCAGCUGUCGCCUUGUCAAAAUCGUGUCAUCGUUCCUCACUGCCAAGAAAAAAUUUUGGUCAGAGGUUCAAUUUUGUUCGGAACUACGGUUCAACUUAUGAAGGGGAUGGUAAGACUCAUGCAGUUUUACUUAAUGACGAGACAGAUUCUCUUAUGAUCUCGUCGUACAGCACUGUUGGCUUUACUCUCAACAACGGUAUCACACUGGUUGGUCCAAUAGCAAUUUUUCCCAAUUGUGUUUUAAGCUGGAACGUUGGGGAUUUGCAUCAUAUUAAUGAAGAAUCUCUUAGUCUUUUCCUCAAGAUUGAGCCUAAACUGGAUAUUUUAAUAUUGGGCAUCCCGGAAUAUAAAAAGAGAGAUAGAAAAGUACUUUUAGGUUUAGCAAAUUUGAUAAGAGAGUACAAGAUACCAGUUGAAAUCAUGCCGGUUGAAAUAGCCGGUCCUACUUUUAAUUUUUUGCAUGCUGAACGCCGUUUUGUCGCCGCAGGCAUGAUUCCGCCUAUUGAUGUUGAUGGAGAUUCAGCUACUGCGAUGGAAAGCCCAUGGAAAGUAGGAUAUGUGGAGGGUAAAUGAAAUAGUUCUUUGCUUUUUAUUUGGAGGUGAGAAUUUUUCUUGGCAUGUGAUGGUAUUAGUAUUCCAAAAAUAAUGGGAGAAGUUCAAUAGUUCAAUAGUACAGCACUCAUGUAUUUAUUUUCCAACUUUAUAGAAAAUAAUAUGUUUUAGAAACUUAAAUAUUUUUAAUAUAGUCAACUGCAACAGCAUUUUUCUUUAAAAUCUUAGUAUAUAAAAUAUUUGAUGUCCUGUACAUUGUGGUAACCGUAACCUUCAUUAAAAUAAAAAGAAACUUUUGCACA